UUCCGCCGUCCCUCCCCUCCGCGGAACUACACCUCCCAGCGUGCCCUGCGCGGUUCCCAUGGUGACGGGGAGCUAGGCCCGGGCCCCGAGGAGCGAUGCCCAAGGCCAGUGAUACUUUAUGGGAUCUUGCUAUAGCUGAAGUGGAGAAGACAGAAAACCCUGAUGACAAUGCCAAGUGUGUGGAAGUUUGGGAAAAAUCACUAUUAUUUAUGGGCAACAAGAAUGGGGGAAAGACCACUAUUAUACUGCGGUGUCUUGAGAGGGAAGAGAUUCCAAAGCCAACAUUAGCCUUGGAAUAUACUUUUGGAAGAAGGGCAAGGAGACACAAUUCACCUAAGGAUAUAGCUCACUUUUGGGAACUAGGUGGUGGAACCUCAUUACUAGAACUGAUUCGAAUACCAAUCACUAGCAGCAACAUAAGCCUUUUUAAUAGGUCAUUUGCUGUAGUUCUUGUAUUGGAUUUGUCCAAACCUAACGAACUCUGGACUACUAUGGAGAAACUUCUGCAGGUCACCAGGAACCACGCGAACAAAAUUUUAAGCAAACUAGAAAAGACAAAUCCUGAAGUAGCUACUGAAAUUAAACAGAGGAUGUGGAACAAUCUGCAGAGGGAUCAUCCAGAUUAUGAAUUAGUUGACCCUUUUCCAAUACCCUUGGUGAUAAUUGGAAGCAAAUAUGAUAUUUUUCAUGAGUUUGACUCUGAAAUGAGGAAAAUAAUAAGCAAGACACUUCGGUUUGUUUCACAUUAUUAUGGAGCAUCAUUAGUGUUUACCAGCAAAUCUGAGGCUCUCCUGCUGAAAGCCCGUGUUCUUAUUAAUCACUUGGCAUUUGGCUAUGAUAAAAGCAAGUCUGUAUCAGUGGAUCACAACAAGCCUGUAUUUAUACCAUCAGGCCUGGAUUCGCUCAGCCAAAUAGGACCCCCACCCGCCUCCGAUAGUGAUAUUGGAAAGAUGCGUGCAAACACACCAUUGGAACUGUGGAAAAAAGUAUUUGAGAAAACAUUUCCUCCCAAGAGUUCCAGUGAUUUACAAGAUACCAAAGACCCUGCACAGGAUUUACAGUAUGCCGAGUAUGAAGUCGAUGUCAUGAGAGCUCAGAAAAACCAGGAACUUGAACAAUACAAAAGAAAUGCCUCUAAAUCCUGGAAGGAAAUGGAUUUUGACUCUGAUGAACUGCUAUAGGCGUCUUCAGUUUAACAUUCACAAAAUCAAUAAUUUUAACAUUAUGCUAGCAAAUUAAUAUGAUGCAGUUGAAAAUAUGCGAUCUGAAACUACAAAAUUAAUAUUUAUUAAGCACUCCUAUUGUUAUUUUUACUAAAGAGAGCUGAUUAUUCAUUCAGUCCAAAUUUAAGUAUAUCUUGGUACUGACACAGAGUUUUAAGAAGUGGGGAGAAGGGAAUUCUGGAUUGUUGAGAGAUGGGUUUGAAUAUGAAGACUGGCAUUAUUCAGUUCUACCUAUUUUAGAAGUUGGAACACAUUAUUUGGUUUAUUUUUGAAUGUUUCUGCCCUAAACACGUAUUUAAAUAUAAACAAGUUUUCACACCCAAAACAUGAAAGUGCAUAGUAAAGUGUGCUGGGCAUCUUUUCCUAGUUCUUUGCAUAUAUAAUUCAAAAGUAAAGCUUAAGAAUAUAUUUGCAUCAUUGUUUGAUGUAUUUGAAUAGGAUAGGUCCACAAAAACUGGCAGAAUAAAGGGGAAUUAAAAC